AUGUCAUCAUGGUUCUCAUGGGGCCAAUCUAAAGGCAAGCGCAUACUUGAAGGUCAGGCGCGCAAGAAGGCUUUCGAAGCAGUAUAUGUGACUCGAGGCGGACCCGGAAUCGAAACUCCCCAAGGACAAGCCGACUUCACGAAGUACGCCAAUGCGAAGAAAGACCCCAAGUCCGCUCAGUACAUGAGAGAUAUGGAACGAUGUACCAACGAAAACAGGACCGCAGUGGGCAGACUCCAGGAACAGAAGAUCGCGUAUCGGGAUUUUGCGUACCCUGCCAGAGACGGGGAUCAGAAAUAUAGCGGGAGCGACAGCAAGGGAAAAGGCAAGGACAGACAGUGCUAUGAUUCCAAGGCGGGGAGUGACGACCGUCGACGGACUGGCAGUGGAGGAGGCGGUGCGAGUGGUGGUGCACAAGGUUCCGGGCAGAGUGCUCGCGACUACUACUCUUCUUGGCGAUGA